AUGGAUUUGGAGAAAUCUGAUUCGAAGUUCACUAAAGAAAAGAGGCAGAAAAGUCCUAAAGAACCAGAAAAUGAUGAUGAAAAUAAUUAUUGCAUAUAUUGCAAUAAACAAUAUGGAACUACUCAGGAAAAGUGGAUUAUGUGCUGCAAGUGUGAACUGUGGGCUCGUGGCUGUACAGAUGUGGAAAAUGAGUUGGUUUUCGGUCGCAUGAAAGAAGAAAGACCAAAUUAUCGAGAAAAAUUGCAUAUUAUUAGUGGAGAUUUAUCUGAACCGCUAUUAGGAAUUAGUGAAACUGAUUUAGAUUUACUUUCUUCUGAAGUUAGUAUUGUAUAUCAUGUAGCAGCAACUGUAAGAUUUGACGAAGCAUUAAAAAUUGCUGUGGAACAAAAUUUGCUCGGUACGAAGAGAUUAAUUGAAGUUUGCAAAAGACUGCGGAAUCUCGAGAGUUUGGUGCACGUUUCGACGGCUUAUUGUAAUUGUAACCGUAGUGAACCUGAUGAGAUUAUAUACCCAUCUAAAGUGGAUCCUGAAGAACUUAUCAGAACUAUUCAAUGGAUGGAUACUGAUUUAGUGGAUACCAUAACUCCAAAAUUAAUAGAUGAUUUUCCGAAUACGUAUUCUUUUACAAAAAAUCUCGCUGAAAAACUAUAUCUUAAAGAAACGGAUUUACCAGUUAGCAUAUUUCGUCCAACUAUCGUCUCACCAUCAUGGAAGGAACCAUAUUGCGGAUGGAUCGAUAGUUUUAAUGGACCAACAGGAAUCACGGUGGGAGCAAUGAAAGGUAUAGUUCGAACCAUGGUGGUUUCUCCAAACAAAGUUUCUGAUGUGAUUCCUGUAGAUUUAUGCAUUAACAUGAUGGUUGCUAUUCCAUGGUACACAGUUACUCAUAAACCUAAAGGCCUUCAGAUUUAUCAAUGCGCUUCAAGUACUGUAAAUAAAGUAACUUGGGGUGACGUGUUUGGUCUUUUAAAUAGACCUACUUAUUUAUAUCCAUCUGCUGAAGUAUUUCGAUAUCCAGGAGGAAGUUUUAAGACAAGCCAUACAGUACAUAACAUCGCUGUUGUGUUUGAUCAUUACAUUCCUGCAGCACUUACUGAUGCAUUACUUUACCUUUCAGGAAAAAAACCCAGAAUGAUGUCAAUAUAUAAAAAAGUGGAUAAAGCAAUGAUCGUCUUUAAUCAUUUCUCAACUAAUGAAUGGUAUUUCCAAGCUAAAAAUUAUUUACAGAUCUGGGAUGCCAUGUCAGAUGUAGACAAGAAGCUCUUUAAUUUUGAUGUAAGAUCAGUGAUUUGGAAUUUAUAUUUUGAAAACUUCAUUUUGGGCGUGAGAAAAUUUAUGUUGAAUGAAGAUCAUUCUACUCUUCCAAAAGCAAGAAAAACAUUUCGAAAAUUACAAUUGAGAAAUUUAGCUGUAAAGACUGCUUUACUUGCAGCUGCAACUCAUUAUGUUCUCAACAGUUUUUUCUCCAUUUCAGCUUUUGAUUAUUUAUGGUGA